UUGUGUCGCGAUAGGUUUCCUUCCUUCUUCGGGAGCUGUCGGCCUCUUCCGGUUACAUGACACAAAAAGAGACAAGGAAAAUACAUUUCUCGGCGAGAACAGCAGAAACUUGAGCCCCGCGGAGUUCAUUGUUGAUGAGGAUUAAUUCCGAGGCGACGCUAUUAAAAGCCAAGGAGAAGCCAUUGCGGCGGGACGACGCAGCGAGAGAGCCUGGAGAUCAGGACUUUAUUGUUCUUCGCCGCUCGCUCCCUCCAGCUGAGCUAUUUCUGUAUUUGCCCUGCGCUACGUAGCCGAGCGGGCUAGCGUCGGCCAGCGCUGGAUGCCAACGCGGUGUGUUUUUCCCCAGCUCUCAGUUGAGCAACAGCGAGCGGCUCUGACGGUGAAAACAGCGCGGCUAAUCCGUUCGGUUCGCAGCUGGACCUCGGUGUUCCUCGGCUAGGUCGGACGACUGCUCAGGUUGGGGCGAGAAUGGCAACGUCGGCUCUGUACGCCUGCACGAAGUGUAACCAGCGGUACCCCUUCGAGGAGCUGUCGCAGGGCCAGCAGCUUUGCAAGGAGUGUCGUAUUGCACACCCAAUAGUGAAGUGUACAUACUGCAGAUCUGAGUUUCAGCAGGAGAGUAAAACAAAUACAAUUUGCAAGAAAUGUGCCCAGAACGUCAAACAGUUCGGAACGCCCAAACCCUGCCAGUAUUGUAACAUAAUUGCAGCUUUCAUCGGGACAAAAUGCCAGCGGUGUACUAACUCGGAGAAGAAAUAUGGACCCCCACAGACCUGCGAACAGUGCAAGCAGCAGUGCGCUUUCGACCGCAAGGAGGAAGGCAGAAGAAAGGUGGACGGCAAGCUGCUGUGCUGGCUCUGCACGCUGUCCUACCGCCGCGUCCUGCAGAAGACUAAAGAACAGAGGAAGGGCUUCGGCUCCUCCAACUCCUCAUCCCUGAACGAGAAAGACCACCACUCCAGAUCGCAUCACCACCAUCAUCACCACCACCACCAGCACCACCAGCACAGACACAGCAGCUCCCACCACAAACUGAGUGGGAGCUUGAGUCCUGAACAGGAGCCGGGACUGUGGAAACAGAGCCAUAAAUCGUCUUCAAUCCAGAAGGAGACUCCAAAGAAGAAACCAAAACUGGAGCUGAAGCCAUCCAACGGGGACAGUAGUUCAAUCACCCAGUCCAUGGACUCUGGUGGAACAGACAACUUCAUUCUCAUCAGCCAGCUGAAAGAGGAAGUUAUGUCGCUAAAGAGGCUUCUUCAGCAGAGGGAUCAGACCAUCCUGGAGAAGGAUCGAAAGCUCACAGAGCUUAAAGCAGACUUUCAGUACCAGGAGUCAAAUAUGAGAGUUAAGAUGAACCAAAUGGAGAAAUCACACAAAGAGGCCAUGGAGCAGCAGCAGUCCAAGAACAGGGAGCUGAUGAAACAAGUGGCCGCCCUCUCGAAGGGCAAAAAGUUUGACCGGACAGGAAGCUCACUGCUGUUGCCCUAACAAUAGGCCGGUCUGCGGCUAACGACAAAGAGCGGCUUCAUUCUCGCAACACUGUGAGAGUCUCCCUCCUGUGUUUCCUCAUUGCCAUCUACUUUGAUUGCUUCCUGCGAUGCCGAAGCCAGAAGCCAUGCUGUAAAAGGAAACCAGCUGUUGCAUUCAAGAAACCAUUCUCUAAAAAGCAGCGUAUUUUAGGUGUGUCGUGGCAACAAUUGCCUCGAGGGCUUCGACUUUAGAUGCCGUGGAGGAUGAAGCCCUUGUUUCUAACACUGCCGGGCCAAAACAAAACAAGCUUGGUGUGCUAAUGUGGAGAGCAUUCUGGUGACUCUUGAUUUUAUAGAUGUCAUGCAUUUAUUUAUUCAGCUGUAUUUCUUAGCGGGUUUUUUUUGUUGUUGUUUUGUUUUUCCUCAGCAUACUGGGACAAUAGCCCACAUUCUGGGGGUUUCUUCAAUAGCAAUCAUCAGUUAUAUUUUUCUAAGUGGAUGCAAGAUGAGCUCUCAUUAACAGAAAUUAUGUGAAACUUUACAAUGUAUGCAAAUGCCGACUGGGUGACCGUCAAACAGCAGAGAACUCCCUGGACUGUCUAAGAAAAACAACCAGUGAGCGCUCUGAAUGGCUGUCUGAGGCCUUUUGGUCUCCCAUUUUCUCACUGUGUGACAGCUGUAGUGCUUUACUGGUCCUCUGUACUGGAACAGUUGUAACACUGCAUGAUUUUACUGCCAGAGACCAGAAUGAUGUUGUGGUGAGACUUCUUUCUCCUCUUUAUUUUUAAUUACUUUUUUUUUUUAAGGAUAACUUUUAAAUGUAUUUCUGGGCUCAGCCAUUGUAUUUAAACCAUUGCUUCUAUCUGUUUUAGUGAGUACAUUAUGUGUAUAGUAUGGCCAGUUGAAAUACACUUGUCUGUAGAAAAUGCUUUUUAAAGGAACACACCUAUCACCCUACAUUACUGGGUUGGUUUCAUACUGUGGCGUUCAGGAUCACUUUUGUACUUUUUUCAAACUCAAGUGUUUGAAACUAUUAAACUGGCUAAACUGUU